AUGACGGUGGAAGCUGACGCCAUGGAGGAAGAGGAGCGUAUGAAAAAACUGGACUUUUUAUUGCAACGUUCCAGUAUAUACAGUCGAGUCAUGGGCGAAAAGUUGCUUCGACGGCAACAAGAAGACCGUCCUGCCAAGCGCGCACGUACCACCGAAGCCCCAGCAUCGCUGGCUGAUCUCGCCCAUCGAGAGCAGCCAGCCCUCGUGACAGGCGCAACGCUCAAACCUUAUCAGAUGGAUGGUCUGGUAUGGCUGACUAGCCUCUACGAGAAUGGGCUGAAUGGCAUCCUUGCGGACGAGAUGGGAUUGGGGAAAACCCUACAGACCAUUGCCUUUCUAGCCCACCUGUAUGAAAAGGGAAUUCAUGGACCUUUUCUUAUCGUGGCACCACUCUCCACGACCUUCAAUUGGCAAGACGAGUUUACAAAAUUCGCUCCUACAAUACCCACUCUUCUGUACCAUGGCGCCAAAGCUGAACGCUUGUCAUUACAAAAAAAGUUCCGUUCCAAAUCCUCGACAACCACCCUGUCUGUUGUUAUCACCAGCUACGAAAUGAUCCUGAAAGAUCGCGCCUUUCUGGGCAAGCAGGCGUGGAAAUUCGUGGUGGUCGACGAAGGCCACCGUCUGAAAAACCUCCAUUCUCGCCUGCUUCGUGAGCUAAAGCAGUUUAGAACUAGCAAUCGUCUUAUCCUGACAGGCACGCCAUUGCAUAACAACUUGGCCGAGUUGUGGUCCUUGUUAAACUUCAUUUUGCCCGACAUUUUUGAUGAUUUGGCCACCUUCGAGCAAUGGUUUAAUCUUGGCGAGGCGAACGAUGAUGGAAGUAAAUCUGAAUCUGUUACCACAUCUUUUGCUAAAUGGAGCACGGACACUGCGUGCCGUGUCGUACAGCAGCUCCAUGACAUCCUCAAACCGUUUCUACUUCGGCGGGUCAAGUCUGAGGUUGAGCGCAACCUGCCGCCGAAACAGGAAUACUUGCUGUAUACGCAUUUAUCGACACAACAAGCACUCAUGUACAACUUGGUGCUUGACGGAUCGUUUCGCGCCUGGCUUACUGCGAGAAAAGCUUGUCUUCCUCUCGACUAUGAUACGGACUCUCUAUCUCAAACAGAGAAAGAUGCGCUUGCCUUGGCAACAAAGGAAGUACAAGCGAUGCGACUCGACAACACUCUGAUGCAACUGCGCAAGAUAUGCUGCCAUCCCUACUUGUUCGACUGGCCUGUCGUAGCAGGUACAGAUCAGCUUCAAAUUGACGCUCAACUUGUCCAGCAGAGUGGGAAAAUGCGCAUGCUAGAUUGCCUUGUCUCCGCCCUUAUUACUCGAGGACAUCGCGUGCUUAUUUUCUCGCAGUUUUCACACAUGCUUAACAUUCUAGAGAUUUGGGCCCAAGAUCUCAAGCAAUGGAACACGUUCCGUAUCGAUGGAUCCACGCCACAAGACCGACGCGCUGAGCAAGUACGUCGUUUUAACGAUCCUGAUUCAGACUGUCAUGUGUUUUUGCUAAGUACACGUGCCAGUGGACUCGGUAUCAAUCUAGUGGGAGCUGAUACAGUGAUCUUUUUUGACAGCGAUUGGAACCCUCAAAUGGAUCUGCAGGCCCAAGAUCGUGUACAUCGUAUUGGACAGACAAAUCCUGUCCUAGUGUUCCGACUGGUUGCUUCUGACACCAUCGAGCAAGACAUACUCCAAAAAGCGCGUGCCAAGCGUCUGCUGGAAGCCGUGGUCAUCCAGAAGGGCAAAUUUCUACGGCCUAUCACCCAUGCGCGUCUUAAAGAUACCUAUGAUACCAACGCUGAUCUGACCACACUGAUCCCUGCACUCAUGAAGCUCGAAGCCGAAACAUCUGGCGAGGACGAUCAACCACCGAUCUCAGACGCUGAUUUGGAGAGAUUGCUCGACCGAUCUGAGAAAGCCUAUGCUCGAACAGAUGGAUGGAUCUCCACCGACGAUGCCUCUACGAAGGAUCCCCUACAGCCCGUUGCUGUGUUUGAAGUGUCAGAGACCCAAGCGGACAGUGCGCAAGGCAAGCUCGCGUCCUUCUUUCGCAAUGCGGAGAAUGCAGGUAGUGAUGACUAA